UUCGCUUUUCUCUAUUUCUCUCUCUCUCUCCAUCCGCGAGAACUCGUCGGGAUAUUUAUGAGCGCUGGUGGAGUGGCGUGGCGAGGUGAGGAGGUGGCUGAUCUCUCUCAUCAAUCUCCUCCGUCGCGGUCGCAGCUGCGGGAGUGAAGCCGCCCCGCGGAGCUAGCUAAACCCUAGCCACUGCCCGGGCGGAGAGUUGGGGUUUGGGUUGGUGGCGGUGGGCCGGUGGCGGCUCGGUGGCGGAGCUCCGGUGUGGGGUGGUGUGGAAUGGAAUGGAAGUUAUUCGAUGAUUUCCCAGGAUUUUGACUAGGCCACAGAUGGUUACAAGUUGCAUUCAUGGUCAAAAUUGUGUCUGAACAUAGAGAUUCUUUGGAGUUCAUAGACGAAGUGAUUUGUUUUGUUCAAUACUUCCACACUUAUAAUGGGUGCUGUCUGCUCAAGGAAGAGAAGCCAAUUAGUGCACGAGGAUGACUCUUUCCAGACAUCUUCCAGGUUCUCAAAGACCAGCAGCUUGAAAUGGCUGCUGCUUACACUGCCACGCAGCAAUUCCGAUGUCUCCCGCAAGGGCCAGGGAAAGGGCCCUGGUCGUUGCCCAUCUCUAAUGGAGCUUUGUGUGGCCAAAGCCUGCGAGGAUAUUAACAAGUAUUCUAGUUUUUCUGUAUUGCCGAGGGAUCUCAGCCAGCAGAUUUUUAAUGAAUUGGUAGCGUCGAACCGUCUCACGGAGACAUUGCUUGAAACUUUUCGGGAUUGUGCACUACAGGACAUUGAUUUGGGGGAGUAUCCUGGAGUGAAUGAUGCUUGGAUGGAAGUAGUGGCUUCUCAAAGGCAUUCAUUGUUAUCAGUUGACAUUUCUUGCUCUGAAAUAACUGAUAGUGGGUUAUAUCUUCUUAGAGAUUGUCCAAACAUGCAAAGCUUGGCAUGUAAUUACUGUGAUAUGAUCUCAGAGCAUGGCCUAGGAAUCUUGUCAGGUCUUUCAAACCUGACAUCUCUCAGUUUCAAGAGCAGCGAUGGUAUUACUGCUGAAGCAAUGGAAGCAUUUGCUAAUUUAGUUAAUUUGGUAAAUCUUGAUCUCGAACGAUGCCUAAAGAUUCAUGGUGGCCUUGUUCACUUAAAAGGCCUCAGGAAUCUGGAGUCACUCAAUAUGAGAUAUUGUAACAACAUUGCAGAUUCAGAUAUCAAAUACUUAUCAGAUCUCACAAAUUUGAAAGAAUUGCAAUUGGCUUGUUGUAGAAUCACUGAUCUGGGUGUUUCUUAUCUUAGAGGCUUGUCCAAGCUAACACAGUUGAAUUUGGAGGGCUGUCCAGUGACUGCUGCCUGUUUGGAAGCUAUAUCAGGAUUGGCUUCUCUGGUGGUGUUGAAUUUGAGUCGGUGUGGCAUAUACGGUGAAGGCUGUGAAAACUUUCAAGGUCUUAAAAAAUUGAAGGUUUUAAACUUGGGGUUCAAUAAUAUCACAGAUGAUUGUUUAGCACAUCUGAAAGAGUUGAUCAAUUUGGAAUCUCUAAACUUGGACUCAUGCAAGGUUGGAGAUGAAGGCUUAUUACAUCUGAGAGGCCUUAUGCUUUUGAAAAGUUUGGAGCUAUCUGACACCGAAGUUGGAAGCAGUGGACUCCAGCAUCUAUCUGGCCUUCGGAAUUUGGAAAGCAUCAAUCUCUCGUUUACGUUAGUUACUGAUACCGGUAUGAAGAAGAUAUCUGCACUGAAUUCACUGAAGUCAGUUAAUCUUGACAAUCGGCAGAUUACUGAUGUUGGCUUAGCAGCACUUACAAGUCUCACUGGGUUGACUCAUCUGGACCUUUUUGGUGCUAGGAUAACGGACUAUGGCACAAGCUGCUUCAGAUUUUUUAAGAAUCUUGAAUCUCUUGAAGUCUGCGGUGGGUUAAUUACUGAUGCUGGAGUGAAGAAUAUCAAGGAUCUCAAAGCUCUGAAGCAACUCAAUCUUUCUCAGAACGUUAACCUGACAGACAAAACCCUGGAGCUGAUUUCUGGCUUAACUGCUUUAGUCUCGCUGAACGUCUCCAACACUCGUGUAUCCAAUGCCGGCCUCCGCCACCUGAAGGAUCUGCAGAACCUGCGCUCGCUGUCGCUUGAUUCCUGCAGGGUCACGACAAGUGAGGUGAAGAAGCUGCAGGCGACGGUGCUCCCCAACCUGAUAAGCGUUCGACCCGAGUAGCUGGACACUACAUGAUCACCUGUAAAUAAUCAUCUGGAUGGCUUCAUGUAGAUAGCUUUGCAAGGGCCUGGAUUGAAGCCAGAUUAAUAAGUAAAGUCUAUGGUAGCAUUUGUUGGCCUAAAACCGGGAGACGUUGGCCCAACCGGGAGAAAGCCUUUCUACACCCCAAAAGCUAGCUCAUGAGGUGAGGGACCCCUCCCCUUUUAAGUUGGUGCCACUCCCCCUAAACUUUCAAUGUGGGACUAUUCUCAACAGCAUUUACUAGGUCCUUCCUGCUCCGUUUAUCGGGAUCUUUUCGUUUUCAAGUACUGAAAAAAUUACUUGUAUUUCCUUCACUCCGUGUACCCUCCAAGGCGUGACGGGAAGGAACAAAAUUGUAAAUAUUGCGCUUCCUCGCCAUUGUGGGAUGCUUAUGUGUAGUGUGGUGUACAGUGCCGCAUUUUCUGUGGCAGUUUGUGAUGUCAUUGUGCUUGGGUUUCUUCUUUCUUC